GUCGCUGCUGGGGCGCUCCAGGGGGGGUCGUGAACUUCGCGGGUGUGCACGGAUCUGUGAGCUUGGCCAGGCCCACGAUGUCCGUGGAGCUCGUGAAACCCUCGUGGACGAACGGACCUAUGAGCACGACGCGGCCGAGCAUGUCCUGGGCUCCGCAGUG